CAACAACUUCCUCAUCGAAUCCUCUGCUUAUCUUGCUCCAGUACUCGGCUACCCCUCCAACCCCAUCCCUCGCAGGGAAUCCGGGCAGGAACCCUAAGCGUCAACGGACCUCCGGAGCGACGAACAGCCAAACCGGGGUCUCGGAGGAGAGCAGAGGGCCGAGGACAUCCCAGGCUCAGGGGCGGGGUUCCGCGUGGCCCCGCGGGGCUCCGGGCGAGGGACGGCACCGCGGCGUCGCGGGGCUCGGGAGCUCGGAGCUCUCGGGGCCACGGACCGACGUCGUCCCGCGGGGAGGUGCGAGCCGAGCCCCGCGCCGCCGCCCACCCCGGGGGCGGCUGUAAUCCUAUCAAAGGGCCGGCCCCGGCCUCCUCCUCCUCCGCUUCCCUUCCCGACCCUGCUCCCCGAGAGGGUAAAAGCCGCUCCGCUGCGCGCCGCGCCCUCCUGGCCCUGCUCCCCGUCCGGCUGCCGCGCAGAGGGGACGCCGGCCUCGGCCCCCGGCCUGGGCGGCGGGGGAACGUGGAGCACAUGGAGGUGCCGGGCCGCUGUCGCCUUGCCUCGCUGCUGCUGCUGCUGGCUUCGUGCAUCGGCUGCACGGCCGCGCCGCGGAGGAGCAUCCCCCGGCGGCAAGCAGAUAGACUGGGACCUCCUCUAGACAUACUGCUGGAUUCGCUGAACUGCACAGCUUUCAGUGUGCAAUGGAGGAUGCCAAAGCAGCACGCAAGCACCAUCACAGGAUAUACAGUCUUCUACUCAGAGGUUGAAGGUGACAAAGCAGUUAAGCAGCUCUCACACGACGUUCCCCUGAGCCUGGAUAUGCUGAGCAUGGGUCAACUUGAGGGACAAGCAAUUUUUGAAGUUGUUAUUGGAGAUUUGAAACCUGGUACCCCACAUCGCGUUAGUGUUGGAGCCUAUGGCUGGGCAGGGAAGGGACGACCCAGCAUGCCCAGAGAUGUCACAACCUUAUCCCAAGAUAACUGCAUGCCCCCUGCACCACCCUAUCAGCCCCAGAUUGUUGUUGUUUCUGAUUCAGAAGUUGCAUUAUCCUGGAAACCUGGGGCCAAUGAAGGAAGCUCUCCCAUACAAUAUUACAUGGUGGAGUUUAUCAGGCCAGACCUUGACAGCAAUUGGACGGUAAUAAGAGAGCAGAUCCAGAUGGAAUCUAUGGUGCUCAAGGGACUUCUCCCAAAUACCAAGUACCAGUUCGCAGUGCGAGCAGCAAACUCCUACGGAUCCAGCCCUGCCAGCACGCCGAGCGAUGUGGUCCGAACGUUCAGUUCUGAAGAGUUAGGAAGUGGAAGUUAUGGACAUCGUUAUAUCACAGAAACAGUCACUGGUGAUGAUGAUGGAUUUGAUGUGGAUGACUCAGACUAUGACAUUUACAUAGAAGAGCUCAGACCACUUCCUGCUAUCAAAGGAGGCAACAGAAAAUUUCUGGUUGAAACUAAGGUCACGCCAGGGUCUAGCUCCAGGCUGCUGUCACGGGUCCUUACAACCACUUCGGAGCCCACCACUUCCACUCCCACCACCACACAACCUUCCACCACGGCCAGGGUUACAACAGCCAGGGCCACAAGAAGGGGCAGCAUGUCCUCUGCCCCACGCCUCUUUGAUCUUUCCUGCGAUGAGACCAUCUGUUCUGCAGACAGCUUUUGUGUCAAUGACUAUGACCGAGGAGGCUCACGUUGCCAUUGCAACUUGGGGAAAGGAGGGGAAAUGUGCACAGAAGAUAUUACUAUUCAGUAUCCUCAGUUCUAUGGCUACUCAUAUAUUACAUUUGAACCACUGAAAAACUCCUAUCAGACGUUUCAAAUUACCCUUGAAUUCAGGGCUGAAUCAGAAGAUGGUUUGCUACUCUAUUGUGGGGAAAAUGAACAUGGCCGUGGUGAUUUUAUGUCACUGGCAAUCAUCCGACGGAGUGUCCAGUUCAGGUAUAACUGCGGCACUGGAGUUGCAGUCAUAACAAGCGAAAACAAAAUCAAACUGGGGAACUGGCACAGUGUCACACUCUUCAGAGAUGGGCUGAAUGGCUGGCUCAGGAUGGAUAAUGAUGCUCCAGUCAUGGGAAAGUCUCAGGGCCAAUAUAGUAAAAUUACCUUCCGGACUCCCUUCUAUGUUGGCGGUGCCCCCAGUGUGUAUUGGCUGGUCAGAGCUGCAGGCACCAACCGUGGAUUUCAGGGCUGUGUUCAGUUUCUCAGCAUUAAUGGGAAAAUGAUUGAUAUGAGACCCUGGCCUUUGGGGAAAGCACUCAGUGGUGCUGAUGUAGGUGAGUGCAGCAGUGGAAUCUGUGACGAGGCAUCCUGCAUCAACAGCGGUACCUGCACUGCAAGCAAGGCAGACUCAUACAUUUGCCUUUGCCCUCUUGGAUUUAAAGGUCACCACUGUGAAGAAGCACUCACCCUGGCCAUACCUCAGUUCAAUGAAUCCUUAAGAUCGUUUGCUAGCACACCCUGGCCCUUGGAACCACAGAACUAUCUUUCCUUCAUGGAGUUUGAGAUGACAUUUCGUCCAGAUUUAGAGACUGGUGUCCUUUUGUACAGCUAUGACACAAACAGCAAAGACUUCCUCUCUAUCAAUAUGGUGGCUGGUUACGUGGAGUUCAGAUUUGAUUGCGGCUCAGGAACGGCUGUCAUCAGGAGUGAAGAACCUGUCAGUCUGGGUCAAUGGCAUGAGCUGCGAGUGUCUCGCACUGCGAAGAAUGGUAUCCUACAAGUGGACAAACAAAACCCAGUAGAAGGCAUGGCAGAGGGCGCUUUCACACAGAUUAAGUGCAGCUCUGAGAUAUUUCUUGGUGGAGUCCCCAGUUACGAUACGGUGAAGAAGAACUCUGGGAUCCUCAGACCCUUCACUGGGAGCAUUCAAAAGAUUAUCUUGAAUGACCGAACAAUUGAUGUGAAACAGGAUUUCACUUUUGGAGUCAACCUAGUAAAUGCUGCCCACCCCUGUGUGGGCUCUCCAUGUGCAAAUGGAGGCAGCUGUGUUCCCAAGAAGGACAGCUAUGAAUGUGACUGUCCCCUGGGAUUUGAUGGACAGCACUGCCAGAAAGCCAUUACAGAAGCAAUUGAAAUCCCACAAUUCAUUGGUCGUAGUUACCUCAUAUAUGAUAAUCCAGACAUCCUGAAAAGGGUAUCAGGAUCAAGAACAAAUGUUUUCAUGAGGUUUAAAACCACCAUGAAGGAAGGUCUUUUGAUGUGGAGAGGAGACAGUCCUAUGCGACCUAAUAGUGAUUUCGUUUCUCUUGGCCUUCAAGAAGGAGCAUUAAUAUUCAGCUACAACUUAGGCAGUGGCGUUGCUUCCAUAGUGGUGAACGGCUCCUUCGGUGAUGGCCGAUGGCACCGGGUCAAGGCUGUUAGAGAUGGGCAGUCUGGCAAGGUAACUGUGGACGAUUAUGGAGCCAGGACUGGUAAAUCCCCUGGAAAAAUGAGGCAGCUAAACAUCAAUGGAGAUCUCUAUGUAGGAGGCAUGAAGGAGAUAGCCCUGCACACCAACAGGCAGUACCUGCGGGGGCUGGUGGGCUGCAUCUCACACCUCACACUGUCAACUGACUAUCAUAUCUCUCUGGUGGAGGAUGCAACUGAUGGGAAGAACAUCAACACCUGUGGGACUAAGUGACAAGAGAAGAGCCCGGGUGGUGAGGACCCGUCCUGUGCUUGUGUGUGCAGCUGAAAGCCAUCUUGCUGCAGCCCUCCACAGCUGGACCACAGUUGCCAUCCGGGAAGAUGACAGAGCCAAAGGGGAUACCCUAAAAAAAAUUUUCCCUCUCCUUUCCUCAGCAGACCAGACCAAACUGAGUAUUUUGUAUAGGAGCCAUCCCUUUUCCCCCUGCGUGUCUAGUGAGUGCUAAAGAUCGUGUGUUGGUGCAAACAGCAAAGAACUGUGUGAUGUUGUAAGUAGCUCAGUGGCUGUGUUGUGGUCCGUAGGUGUCUUUUUUAUGUCAAAAAGAGCAGUCAUUAAACACCUGCAUUCAUUCCAUCUUGCAGUGGUACAACAACUAUGUUGUGCAACAGAAACACAAGCAGAAAUGUAUCUAUGCAUUCAAAUGUAUGUCUCUGUAUAAGUAGUUCUUAUUGCUCUCUGAUUUAGCUAAAUUAUGUUUCGCCUGUGUAAAUAAUGCCUGCAGUGGUUGGUUAAAAAUACUGUUGUUUGUUGAGGAGAAAGUUCUUAAAGUCUACUUUUUUUACUGCAAGCAACAAAAAUCAAUGGACCGAUUUUGUAGAAGUAAUUUUAUACUUUGAUAUUUUUUAUAGCAGCAGCAGACCUGCUUAUGUGGUAUAACUUUUAACAUUUAAGUGUACUAUACAUUUAGCUCUUUGCACACUUUCCAAAAAAACAGCAAAGUGACCUGUGGUUUCAGUUGGUUAUACAGAAGGAUCGAUAUUAUACAGUUUUUGUUGGGGAUAUUUGUGAACUAUAAUCAGCUUUAAAUCUUUUUUUGUUCUGUUUUGUUUUGUAAAUUUUGACAGCUUAAAAUUGUACAUUAUGAACUUUUUCUGCCUAUCCAGAUUAAAAGUUUAGGAGAAAAAAGAUCAAACUCUUCCUGCUGUCAUGUUUUGAGGCACAAUUUUUGAUCCUAAAAAAUGACAAAAAGGAAUGUGCAAGAGACCUCAGUAGGUCACAAUCCUCUUAAAAUAAAAUAAUUUCUAGGCACUGGACCAACACUUGUGCAACCUUGAUUGCCAAACUGUAAUUUAAGAAGGCAAACUGAGUGCUGUCGAGACAGUAAGGAAACAUUCCGAAAUUUCAUAGUUCAGAAAUUUUGGGUUCUCUUAACUCUUUAGCUGAAGAGGAGCCCCAAGAUGUCAGGGGGCAGAGGUAUGAGAGAUGCACGAAGUUCCCUGCUGGCUCCUCUUAGUUGUACUGUGUUGAAAUGAUGCAAUGUGGCGAGGGCAACGGGCAGCCAGGUCUUUUGGCUGCUUUUUACUGUGCCCAAGAUACUCCUUGUAAUGUUCCUGAGACUUGUCCCAUAUAAACCUGUCCUGGAGCAGCUGAGCUGCAGAAUGGAGAGAACAAAUAGUAGUUGGUUCUAGAUCUGAGCAUGUGGAAUAGCUGCCCAGGAGACCCCAGUCAUUCUGCAUGCUGAAACAGAGACUCUGAUUGCUAAAACAUAUAAAUCAUACUUAGCAUAUUCACCUGUGUUCCCCUGUUCAAAACACACUGCAGAAAAGCUGCAGAGGAAAUAGGCGGAUGGCAGAGGGGCACACAUAGCUUUCCGCCCAGGAGGAACAAAGGUUUUCACAUUUUAGGAUCCCCACAGGGAGACAGAAGCCUGUAUAUGGUCAGCAAAAAUCAGGAUAAUGCAUGAACUAAGUGUCACUGAAGUGCAUGAUAGGACAUGUCUUUAAACUGAAAGUAAAAGGAAUUUGAUGCAGUAGGAUUUAAAAGAGAAAUUUGAAAUUGAGUGAAAAGGAAAAUCUGUGGAGACAGCAGGCUUGCCAGCCGCUGGAGAGGAAAGAGCUGUGUUUUAUGUGCAUUGGGGUUUUCCCAAGCAGCAGUGACCUGACCAUCCUGGCAAAGGGCAGCAAGAUUUGGCCACACCCCCUGUCCUGGAGAAUGGUGUGUUGACAGCAUCACUCUGCUCUGCCACGUGUGCCCCUCCAUCCCCUUUCACUUUCGCCAUAGGAGAGCAGCUCCAAGGCAGACAUCUGGCGUGUGAGGUGUCCAUUUUGAGAUCAUUUGUUGCAGGGUAUAGAAUGCUAGGUACAAGGCAGCGCUUCUCCAGAACAAAAGCUGCUCUUUGAAAAGUGAGAAGGGGGAGUGGGUAAGAAAUAUUUCUGGUGUUGUGGGGAAGGAAAAGCAGCAAACUACAACUCUCUAAAUGCCUCUUUUCAACUGCAUGUAUCACUGCAUGGGAAUUUGGCACUGGCAGCAGCACCCCACCACAGCAGAGAGCAAAGCAUGGGCAAUACAGCUGUGCAGCAUCACGAGGAGUGUGUGUGAGGGUGCAGAUAGCACAGAUGCUGUGAUGUUUGGUUCCGCUAAAGAAAAAAAAGAUCCUUUCUGAGUUCUCUUAUAGAGUGUCUGAAAAGCUUCCAGAUGGGGAGCAUCCCUGCUCACACAUUUGCAGUCUCCUUAGUGAAGUUUGGCGAUUCUCCCAGGCUUGAUUUGGGAACAGGAGCUUCUGCUCAGUGGGCUGAGCAUAAAGCAGGCGGCAGGACCAUGGGAACAUCUGACCUGGCAUGGGGACUCGGUGCCUGGGGCAUGGACUCCAACCUCUUUGCUGGCCUGGACCACACUGAGUGAAGAGAAAUCAUCACAGGCUGCAUAAACAAAAGUUGCUCUGAAAGUAAUGCCUUCUAUUUAUUUCCACGGAAACUGCAAUUGAUAAGGCAUACACAAUAAGAAUGUUUGAUGGAGCAAACUCUCAGCUACAAAGCACUAUUUUGCAACAGUCACCAUCAUUAGCUAUGCGCUUUUGCUAGGGAUGAACAAGAACCUGCAUGUCACACAUGAAAAUCUGUACUGGCAGAGUUGACCCACUGUUGCUGACGCCACUGCUGAAAUGCACCAUCCACUGCCUCACUGUGCUGAUGUCCACUGACUGAUCUCCAUAAAUGUUACACAGGCUUCACUGAAUGUCAGUGGGUGCCAUUUUUUUCACAUGGAGGAACUCAAUGACACACCUUUGUGUCAGACACACUUCCAUGUCAGAUGCCAUUCUAUCUGCCCCUCUGCUGCCAUCUGUCACGUGGCAACAACAUGUAAUGAAAUACUGGUGGGAAAGUUUAGCCACUGCUGCCGUAACACUGAUAAGGCACUGAUUCUGAUGCUUCUGACAUCAUGGGCCAAUAUUAUUAAAGAGGAGGCGUUACUUUCAGAGCAGCCCUCAUAAAAUAUAUAGUUUAUGUAUACAAGAAAUUAAACAUUGAAUCUUUCAUGCCUUUUAUUAAAAAAAAAAAACAACAAAACCACAGAACUAGUGGGAUAUGUUGCCCUGUUUUCAUGAAGCUAAUGCAUCAAUCCCUCACUGCAGAGGUGGAUCUAGGGGACAGCAGGAACAAAAUCCAGGGACAAAAUCCCUACCUGGGCCAUUGCUGUUCCCAGUCCUCCUGCAAGGACCUGCUGGGCUGGCAGGGAAACCGGUGUCCAUGGUGCUCCACAUUGUUUGCAGCAGGUCAACAGGGAGCAUGCAGUUAAGUAAACUACAGAAAAAAGAUUAAAACUGCUAUAAAGAGGCCAUUGAAAUGCAGCUAGCAUUACUGGGUCUUUCUGUCUCUUCGAGUGAAAUCCUCUUCCUAAACCUAAUCUCAGGUCUUGGUUUUCUUCUUAGUUUUUCAUGUUCAUCCUGAAAGACACUCUUGCUGCAAGCAUUGGGUGGGAUGAGGCAGGCUCUGUGCUGAGCUGCAGAAUCCAGGGGACAGUCAGGAAAAAAAUAGAUGGUGUUGUCCCAAGAGGAAGAUGCCCAGUGGGGCAGAGGCCAUGUUUUUGGGAGCUUGCCUGCCUAAUGCCCUGACAAAGGCAGAGGGCCUGGUUUAAACUCAUCUCAGGCCAACUCUGCAAGGACCAGCUGCUGGGGUACUGGCAGGUAGGUCUGCUUGGGUCAUCCUAGGGCAAAAUAAGGAAAAAUGUAAAAGAAAAAAAAAAUGAAGUGAAAAGUGAUGGCAGAGGAAACUGAAGCCAGACCUAGCGGUGAUCCCUACUGUAGGCAAAGCCUUAUGUUGGCAACAGUGCAUUUUUGGCAGCCAAAAGUAAAGAAGACCAGGGACUCUUUAUCCCAGGUUCUAAACUUGUCUCUGGGGAGCCAGGAGGUGAUCAGGAGGAGGCUGCUGGAGGUGGUUGUCCUGGGACCCGGUGCAUUAUCUUGCCUGAAGAGCCUGCUGAAUUUUCAUCACACAGGUUCUGCUUCUGGGAAAACCUUUUAAAGCAGAGGCCAAAACAUUGCUGAAUUCUACUCACAGAGAGCAGCAAUCCCAUCUCAACAGUGAGUCACUUCUGGUUUUAGAAGUUUACUGCAGAGGGGGCGGCUCUCUCACUUGCUCUGUUUUUUUCCAUGGUGUGGCGCAAAGUGGGUCUUUGUCCCCACAGUGGGGCUGAGUCUUCUAUACCUGGGCUCAACAAGUGCCAGCAGCACCAGGGCCUGCUGCAUCCUGCAGCCUCACCAGGCUGUGGGCAUCAAAAGCCCUCAGCAGUGCUCCUGCACAGCCCGGUGAGGACUCUGCGCAGACCAUGUUGUUAGGAGCUGAGCCUGGACGGGAUCUAUCUGCAAAAUAACAAAAAUAUCACCUCUUCAGUCCCCUUUUUGCCCCUUCUGUUCUGCCAGCUCCAAAUUGCCCGCUACAGAGACUGCCAGGCAGCACUGUGGGCUGAGUGUCCCCAUUUCUCUUGAAUUUUCCCUCACUGUCAGAGCAUUAUUCUUUGUUUAUUGUGUGCAGGACAAAGACGACGUUGUUCCUCUCCUCCCCCUGUCCUUUUUUAAGCUUCCUUCAGUCUUCCUCUCUAAGGGAACACCAAUGCUGUUCUCUCUGCACCAGCCCCACCGGUUGCAUUUUCCUGCACCACACGUGACGGCGAGACGCCAGGAGUGGGAGUGGGGACAUUGUGAAGGUCACCGUGGGGCAGACAGCCACAAAAACUGUGACUGGGUAGAAGAAAAGGGACAACAGAACUUAAGGCUGGCUCACAACUCAGCGGCUUUCCACCCUUUUUUUUUUGCAGAUUUGCAAGUAGUUUUCAGUGGCAACAGCAGCAGCUUUUGUGAUAACUUUUUGUGGACAUUAGAUUUUCCCUCACUUUUCCCAUUUUUUGAAGAUACAGUGAGAAAAUUUAAUAUUUUCUUCACUAUUCAUUUUGCUUCCAUUUUUUUUUGACUUCAAUAUACCUUUUGAAGUUGGCAUCAACAAAGCAGAAUUCAAAAAUGAAAUAGCCAAUUAUCAAGGUUUCAUUUGAACUACCACAAUACUGCUUUUUUUAGAACUAGCAAGUGGCACACACACAGGGAUGCUGCAACCUUUAUUCAUGUAAUGCAACAGGAAAUGCAGGGAAACACUGGAUGCAAAUGCCACAGGCAGUGAUGUGUUAGAAGCAGAUAGCACUGACAGACCAGAGAAAAUAAAGUUAGGCAGCAUAAAAUGAUGCAUGCAGAUAUGAGGCCAGGAAACAUUGGCAACAUAAAGCCCUCUCUGCGCCCAUGUACUCAUGGUGAAGAACAGAAAAUCCCAAUCCUCCAUCACUACCCAACCUUAGAACUUGGUCAGGCUACUGUUACAACUUACAUUGUUCAGAAGGCCCUAACACCCUAACAUAACUUGAACCUCACUCUCCUUUUGGGUAUAUGAUUUUAAUUUUUUUAUUAUUAUUUUUUUUUUAAUAAUUAAAAAAGUGCCUGUACUAAUGGUUCCCAGUUAUCAAAUGCACUCAGAAUGAAAAGUUUCAGAUCACAACUUGCUUGAGGUAUUUUUUUCCAUAGUUACUGUAUGUUGUAAAUGCAGCACAAAAAGGUGCUGUCAGUAACUGAUUUCUGCAUUCACUUAGCAACUAGGAAACAAGCACGCACCUAGAGGUGAAUCCUUGCAAUGAGAGGACUUGCCACACGCAUGGUAAGAUGCACUACUGGGAUUUCUGCCUCAUCAGAGCUUCAAGUAAUAGAGAAGGACUACUGCUGAUUAUGGGGAGAUCAGAGACUACCUUGUGUCUUCAAGGGCCUGUACUCUCGGCUGCUCCUCUCUGGUCACUGCAGUGGUAGAGAUCAGCAGGAUAGCUGGUCUGCAACACUUAUAUAUUGUAUGCUGUGUUAUAGCACUUGUCUGUCUGCACAGUACUAAGCCAGUGGGUCACUCAUUGGUCCAGGUGCUGUAGUUAAAUCACAGAAUCAUAGAAUCUCCAAGUUUGGAAAAGACUUGCAAGAUCAUCCAGUCCAAAUGUUCACCUGCAACCAACAUUUCCCACUAAACCAUGUCACUUAGUACAACAUCUGAACAUUUCUUGAACAAUUCCAAGGACAGUGACUCAACCAUCUCUGUGGGUAGCUCAUUCCAGCCUCUGUCAGAGAUAAAAUUUUUCCUAGCAUCCAAUCUGAAUCUCCUUGACAUGUCUCAAGGCCAUUCCCUUUAGAUCAAUCACUAGUACACCAGAGAAGAGGCCAACUUCUACAUCGCUACAGAGAGCAAUAAGGUCUCUCCUGAGCCUCCUCUCCUCCAGCCUAAACACAGUUUCCUCAGCUGCUCCUCAUAAGUCCAGACGAGACACAAAAUUCCCUGGAUAUCGCUAGAACAAACAAGUAUUGUGGCAUAAAUAAAUAUCUUCAAAUGUAAGGCCCGUAUUGGGGCCCAUGAAGCCACCAUAGAGGCUGAUCAUCUCAGUUCCACUACAAGAUCUUGAGAACGUGUCCUACAUCAGGCAAACCAACCCACAAUCCUCAUUCUGGACCACUUCCUCCUGCCUCUACAUUCUGCGUCCUGGAAUAGGGGCGUCCACCACACAGCUCUGGUGUGGGUGGUGAGGAGCUCUGUCUCCUCACAUCUAGAAGCCCUCAGCUUUGGAAUCACAUCUCAACCCCCAGGUGUUAGAGCCAUAAUCUGAGGGAGACACAGGUAAGGGAGGCAGCCCACUUCUUCUCUUCACAUUGCAUGACAUGAACCAAAGAGCUUCAGUGUAUGCUGUACUUACAUGCUAUGAAAGGCUGUGCUUAGAAGCAGAUCAGAGAGUACUUGCAUUACUCUACUGAUCAAGAAGCCAAGGCAGUGCUUGCCAGAUCCUGAGGUUAUUUAUUCUGGCACAAAGUUAAAAUAACUCUGUUUACACUGGAGCAUGUGCAGAAUUUAACUCUUAUUUAAGAAUAAACAUGCAAGCAAAGAAUAUCAAAACAUGUAAGAGCGUAAGAAAAUAUAUUUAUUAAAUUCCAUGGCAAUACUAUGGUAAAAUUGUUAAAUACAUGCAUAUUUUUAGACACACAAGCAAUAUAACAGGAAUUACAACAGCCAAGCAAACUAGUUUUAAAACAUUUGCAAAGUUGGUGUCUCAGGUUAGUCUCACGUGUCAUCUAGCUCACCGGAAUAUUAUUUCCCCAUCGUGAUCCCAUGCUUCCAUUUUCAAGCACGCAUGUUUAAUUGCUAAGCCAAUAAAUUUUCUCAUUGAUACACACUGUUGAAUCACUAUUUUACUUGGUAUACUACAACUUUGUUAAAGUGCUGUACGAUUAUUUUAAAUUGUGAAAAUCUUGUUUGAGUAACAGAUUUGGAAGCUGGAGAACUUCGGUAUCAUUCAGCAAUAGAGCUAUGUUAAAUGACUGGUUAGGUUUAGUGCAUUAGGAUGACUGUUUUGACAGUAUGAUUUAUUGAUUUAUUGAUUUAUUCUCAGGACUAAUUUUAUAGAUGAACAUUUCAAAUUGGCAAACAAUAUUUCACUACUAUUUAACAGAAGUCCAUUAAAAUAUUUGUAAAAAUAGAACACAAAACCAUCUCUAAAAAAAUUAUUUAUGCUGUAAAAAGACGGUAUAAAAAGAUCUAAAAAAAACCCAAAACAUUGAACCACUGAACCUGUUCACAGUAUAUAUUUUAAAAGUAACAGCAUUAGAAUACAACAAAUUUUUGGGUGACUUGCAUGACUCCACCAGUUCUGCUGUUUUUUGUGCCACAGCUGGACUGAAGUUCAAACUACCAUUAUCAUCAGGUAGGGUUUCAGAUGAGAGUUACCUUCUUUUCUGGCCAUCUGACAGGCUACAAACCUUACAGUAUUGUUUACCCUAAGCCACUUUAAAUCACAUUAAAGAAACAAUGUCAUGGUGAAGUUUAAGGACUGUUUUGUAUCUGUAUUUGUUUUGCUACUAAAAGGCGUGAGACUUUACAAGCAUCUGUUUUACUCUGCCCACUUGGAGCUUUUUGAAUUUUUAUCAUCCCAACUAAAGAAAAUGAAAACCUUCAAUUUUUAUGCAUUCUCUGGUUAAACUUUACUCUCUGGGCACUACGAUUUGCAAGUUGCAAAACGUGUGGCUGGCAGAGUGCUCGUGGAAGCUGUCUUCAGCAGCCUGCUUUCCAGUAGCACCAGCUGAAGAGCAGAUUUGGGACUGUUUAAAAUCCUCCCUACAGAUGCUGUUAAGGAACACAGUAAAAGAUGAGGAUGCUAAUUGCUCUGGCUCACCAUGGCAUCACCCAGACACAAGGAGAAGGUGAGACUGGCAAGGGAUUAACUCAAUCCCUUGCAGCACCCUACUCACUGACCAGCUCACUGGUGAAGCUCAGUCCUCACAUAUUUUCUAGAGAGCUUUUUUGUUGAAAAAGUGAGAGAAGUUGAUAGACAUUUUUGUGUGUGUGUGUUGGGGGGGGGGGGCGGGGGGAAGCAUUGUUAUGCACACUGGGACAACUUGUAAAGUUGUGGAAAACCCUGCCAAUAUAAUUUGAGGUUUGUUUGCAUAAUGUGCAAAAAGGAAAUAAACACUAUCAUAGAAACACUGGGGAAAAUCCAGAGUUAUAUAAAUGAUGGAGGAGGGGAAAAAAAACUGUUAUGGAAGAAACUGUUUUCCAGCUUCUAUGAAGAUAUUUAAAAACUUAGGAGAGGCAUGAGGAAAUGAGCUUUUAAACACUCCAGUGUUCCUCAAUCUCUGUAUGCAACAUUUGGGGUCGAAGAAUGUCCUCCCCGGCUUGCUAAUGCCAAUUCAAAGAAGAAUCCAACAACAAAUCUGCAGAUGUGCUGACAGCAUCUCUAAACAUCAGUCACUGCUAAAUGCACAGCAGCACGAACUCUGCAUAGGAUGCUGGGAGGAGUGCAGAUGGCAGCCAAUUUCCCCUGUGAGAAAAUGCACUCCUAAGGCAUAUAGUCAAGGGCAGGGCUCUCAAAAACCAUGCUUUGGGAAUCGUAGGCCAAUACACAACUAGGUACAUAAUGCUGCUAUCACACAUUUGCAUGAAAAGUUAGGACCUUACUUAGUGUUAAAAAUUCUGAUGCCAUUGGAUUUGAAGUCUUCUUCAAAGCCUGUGGCAGAGCAAAGCAUGCUAUCUACAGGGGAAGUCUUUGAUAGAUUUAUGGUACAGAGCCUUGUUAGCAACUUGAUUCUUGAAAUAUUACAUUUUCUUCCUGCAUAUUUCAAAUUCUUUUACUGUAUUUUUAUCUACUUCUAGGUACAAAUACGCUAUUUACAAAGAAAUUAUUGUCUAAAAAUAGAGGAUACAAUUUCUCGUCACCUUUUAAUAGUGAUAUUCAAAUAUCUUCUCCCUCCAACAAAUCCAGUUACCUUCAAUUUUGCUACCAUUUAUGUUCAAUUGAGUGUGGAGGACACUAUAAGAGACAAUAUCACUGCCUUCAGCUCUAACUUUAUUCUGUUGGACUUGUCAAAAACAAAAAAGGAGAGAAGAGACUUUUGUGUGCCCCCUCAGAGCAGCCUGAAACUUGAGUUGAGCAGAAGCACCCUGAUGCCCUGUGCCCAGCAAAGGAAAGUUCUGGUCCCCCUCAUAAAUCAAAUGUGAAAAAAAUGUGUUUGCCAAUUGUGUUGUGAUGGAUUAAAUGCCUGCUGAUUUCCUUUGAGAAACAAUUUACCCAUGAAAGCAGCAACUAUGGAUAAUAGAGUCAGCAAGAACAGCAAAUACCACUGAUUAGGUCCUAAGUCUGCAUUUGCAGCCUCCACAUAGCUGGGGAGAUAAUUCACUGCUCAUCUGUAAUAUUAGCUUACUGUUUUGUUGAAAUAUUUACUAGUAGUUCUGUGAGGUAUAUCACAUUCAAAUUUACAACUCCAGAAUUUAACACACAAAAUCAAGAUCCCAAGUAUGCUCCUGUAUGUCAGUCAGAACAACAAAAAUAAUGAACAAGUCAAACAGAAGAGUGCAUGAUGUUACAUCAGACGUGACCAAUGUUCCAUGCAUCAAAUGAACAGUACUAAAAAUCAAAACAAAAAACAAACCCAAUUGUCACAUAUUAUAGUCAUGGCUCAAAAUAAAAAGCAGCAACACCGGUGACUUGCUUCAGAACAAAACAGCUUGACAUUGGCACCCUACAUCUCUGGACAUUGAUUCAACCAGAGGACUGAAGCACUGAGUUAGGAGUGUUUUGGAAAAAAGCUCUUCUACUUGGAACCCUUCUGGAAUUUUUUUCUUUUCCCUUUUUACAUUUUUUAUUCUAGGAAAAAAAAAAAAAAAAAACCAAACAAAA